UAUGGUAAUGUAUUGUAUAUGUUGAAGUAAGAUGGCUGGCAACGAAGUGCGGCUCGUGCCUUUAAAUGAGGAAGGCAAAGAAAAUUUAGAAGUUGUUGAAAAAUUGUUAAAGGAAAAAGAAGUCAAUUGUUGCUGGGUCGUUCGUGGUGAUGUUUUGAACCAAGUUAAAUCUGAUGAUGUCAUAUACGUCGUUGACCCCGCUCAUGGCGAUGAGGUUGGACACCUAGUGGAAAAUGGUUUAACGGUGAUUGGAGCGCAAUGUGCGGUGACCGUGUUGAAACAUAACAUCCAGUUAAACAAUAACCUCAAAUAUCCUGUGUAUAAUCUUACUAUGAUGGGAAUGUUGGUAUCGUUGUCCAACUUUCAACCAAGUGAUAGGUCACACCUAAUUUCACUUGUCGAGCGGAUGGGAGGUCGCGUGUCGGGAGAACUCACCGGCAACGUCAGCCACCUAGUGGUAAAGGAGGUUGGGUCGGUGAAAUACUUCAGCGCGUGUCACGCCAAGAUUCCGGUGAUGAGAGCAGAGUGGUUGGAAUAUUUAUGGAAGCAGGAGGACAUCCAGGUGGGUGGGUAAUAGUGGGGACAUCCAGGUGGGUGGGUAAUAGUGGGACAUCCAGGUGGGUGGGUAAUAGUGGGA